GAAUUCCUAGGGUUGCUUUUCCUCUCCUCCGGCUGUUCGUUGCGAUUCGACUUGGCCUGCUUGGCGUGACGCCUCCUUCGACGACGUCUCCUCGCCGUUCUUCUGCAGGAUUGGAAGGAAAAAAGACGACGGGAGCUUGCUCGUAGCGAAGGUAGCGAUCUUUCUUCCUGCGCGAUUCUUCGGCCAAAUCCCGAAAAUCCUGUUUGACAGGAUAUAGCUUAAAUCCUGCUCGAAUCCAGCAUAAAUCCUGUAUCCAAACAGCCCCUCUCUCAAUUCGUGGGAUUUAUAAUCUCCCAAUCUCUCUCUUUCUGCAUCACUUGGAGAUCUCCACCGACAUUUUCUGCCUUCUCCAAAAAUGUCUUCUCUUGCUGCUGCCAGAGCUGAUAAUUUUUACUACCCACCAGAAUGGAGUCCAAAAAAGGGUUCGUUGAACAAGUUUCAUGGUCAACAUGCACUCAGGGAGAGAGCAAGAAAGAUCGACCAGGGUAUUCUGAUUAUAAGAUUUGAAAUGCCCUUCAAUAUCUGGUGUGGUGGAUGCAAUUCCAUGAUUGCUAAGGGUGUGAGGUUCAAUGCAGAGAAAAAGCAAGUGGGAAAUUAUUAUUCCACUAAGGUACUUUGCACUACUCCUAACUAAAAUUCAUUUUGUUCA